AUGUCAAUUGCCAAGAGUUCUGGUAAUCAACAAGGACUUAUCAGACAAAUGGUGCAACAAAACCUUCAUCAUUGCAAAAAUAAUUUUGUCAGGCACAUUAAACUAGUUAAUAAAGUUAAAAUUGGAAUAGUUGUAUAUUUGAUAAUUAUCAAUUGUAGUCAUCCAAUAUAUCCAACGUUUAACAGAAUCAGAAAUGGAACAAUGAACAUUGAAAACCUAGCAAAACUUGAAGUUAAAUUCCAAUAA